AUGGCGAGCGACACCGUCACGAACGUGGACAUUGUCGCUAUCCCUGCUAUAGGUGCAGAUCCGGAAAGAGCGUGGGCUACAGAUGGCAUCGAAUCGCCUUGGUUGACAACAGAACUACCCGGAUUCAUCCCAAAUGCGCGUGUGUUGCUCAUCGACCAUGGAGAAUUAGACGGGGAAGACACGCUUGAAUCUCUGGCGACUAGGCUGCUGAAUCAACUGCAGGAAGCAAGGAAGUCGUCGAAUCACAGGCGACCCAUCUUCUUCCUAUGCCACAGCACUGGGGGACUUGUAGCCACAACAGCGCUCGUCCAAGCCAGCCGAUCACGCUCGCCUCUGGACUCCGUAUUCUCCUGCUGUUAUGGGAUUGCAUUCUUCGGUACUCCUCACUAUGGCUCGAGUUACCUUUCAGCGCCCGAGUUUGGUCGGCCCAUCCAUCAUCUACUACGCCUCAAAUAUGCAAUACCGGUCGGAUUGUGCGACAUCUUUAGGCCGCGACAUGAACAGUUGAAGCGCCUUGGUAGCCAGUUUAGGAGCAUUUCUGCGGAUAUGAAAAUAUGGACGUUUCUGGAGACAGUCGACUCUGUCUUCACGAUAACCGAUACCGAGACUGGAAGCACGAUCGACAUGCACGUUCCUAUCACAUCCAUCCGAUCCGGACUAUUAGGCUUCGAGCAUGAGAGCGAACUGCCUCUGGCCACUGACCAUGCCGGUACAUCGUCGUUCAAAGGCCAGGAGACCACUGCGAGGAUGGACUUCAUCAGGAGCCUCCAGUCAAGCAUAGCCACGGCGCUUGAAUUAUCUAUAAUGUCUGAUGUGCCGCUCCAAGUGGAGCAAGAGGUCAUGGUCCAUGUAAAUGGAUUCUACGAAGACACGGCAAGAGGCGUCAGCCGGGACUCCCCUUUACAAUUAUGGUCUACGAAAGUGCCACUCGAGCAAUUCCUGGACUCCGGGCCCACAAAGUGUCUAGAAGAGCGGCUCAAACACUCAAGCAGACUAUCGUCUGGGACAUUAGAUUCCGAUACAAGUGACUUUGGCAGCAGACCGACAAGCGCACAUGCCGACUCGUCGCGUAUCGACGCUCGUCUACGGGAGCCCGACAUCAUCCCCCUUGAGGUCGUUCCAUCGAGGCCUUCAGUCAAGAGAAGUAGAAGUUUUCUCGCUGAACACCCUUCUCAGCAGGCUUCGCCCCGACUCCACGUCACUGAGCCAGCCCCGGAAGGAUAUUUUGAUAUCCAGUCCGAGGGCUCAGCGUCCCAAAGACGCGUUUCUCAUGACGAGUUUGACGAUGAAGAUGCGGGCGAAGACGAAACUGAGACGGCAGAUGAUCUAGGCACGAUUACCCCUGGCCAAAGGAAUCUUUUGACGAGUCUCUCUUCCAAAUAUCGAGAGUUCCUGAACGUUCCUUUUAGAGAACGUACACCGGAGGAACGACCUCGAUUGGCCCCUAGGUUUGAUAGACCCGAGCCAGGGACAGAGAGAAUGAUCUGGGUCCACGUCCCAUACACCCAUACUGAUUGGGUGCCACAUGUCCUGUCAAAGGUAUGCAAGGGCAAAACGAAGCAAAACCUAUUCAGGAAGCUUGUGAACAAUGAUAACUGGUUCUCGAAUCUCAUAACGGCUCGUCAUUUGGAACCACAUGCACGCUAUGUACGCCCGGCGUGUAUUCAUUUCAAGAUGGACUCCCCACCCAUCAAGGCCUCGGAGCCUCAUGGUCCUCAACUAGCGCUCUAUCUACCAUACCUCCACUGGGACACAUACUGGAACCUCCUACAGCGUCGAAAAGUAAUUGAAGAACGACUACGACAGGGAAGAUCCCGCCCAGUCCCAGAUGACAUAUCCCGAUCUAGCCUAGAAUCGAAGCUGAUAUGGAAAUACGUGGGAAACGAACCGCCGAUCCACAUCCGCCGAACAUUAGACCAGUUCGGAUAUCCAAAUCUGCGUUCCACCGUGGCACGAGAUGACGACCAGAUGCUCUGGAAGCGGACGAGGAAAGUCAUUAACCUCAACGAUGAGCUCAGCAAUUCGAUCCCAUUAAGCGAGGGACUCGAUCCUCAAAGCCCCGUGUUUGUGGACGGCAAAGUGCUUAUGGUCGACCAGCUCUGGCUCUGGGUCGUGGAUCAGAACACGGUCGUGACGUUCUUCCCCAAGCAGGAGCCUACGACCGUUGGAGGAAAAUUUUACGAACAGACGAAUCUGUUCAACAGUAUCUAUAACGAACUCAACGGCGAUCUUGCAAGUCGUUUCGAAACGGCCGGUGACCUCGCCGCCCUGAUUGUACAGCAUGCCGUCACCGUCCUUCUUAGUAGCACUUUGCAUAGUGAUCUCCAGAUCUUGCGUAUAUUCGAAGAGUCAAUCAGUAUCCUGACGGAACUGACAACCAAAUCGUUCAAACAAUUUCGCAACCGGGGCUUCGUUACUAGGCCAGCAGAAUAUAAUAAAACACCUGAUGGACGCAUUAUGACCGCGGACGAACGUGAGGAACGAGACCGUGAAUUAGCACUCCAGAACCGCAGCGAUCUUUCUUCAUUGUUGGAGUUGAGGGACAUAGUGGAUGAGCUGGGGACAAUCAUGAAACUGCUCGAACAGCAAACCACCACCAUCAACGAUAUGGCUAAGUACUUCGAACAGAGGGGAUAUGGCAAGAGCUUCACCGCCGGCUCCCUGAAGAAAUUAGAUGAAUAUCAUACUCAUAUCUCGGAGAUGAGGGAGAAUGCUAUUGCAGCUCAGAAAGCCGUGGAAAACCUGCUCGAUGUGAAGCAGAAACAAGCCAACGUGGACGAGGCAAAGCUAGCCAGAUGGGAGGCAGAAGUGACGGCGAGUCAAUCGCGCGCCGUCAUGGUCUUCACGAUCUUCACAGUCAUCUUCCUCCCCCUCUCCUUCUUUACCUCCCUCUUCGGCAUCAACGCCCGAGAAUGGAGCGGCGAGCCCACGAACCUCACCUUACGAACUAUGCUCACCAUAUCCGGCCCAACCUCCAUAGCCGUUAUCGUCUCCGCCCUCCUCAUAGCCUUCAGCGAGCGCCUCCGGGACACGCUCCUAAAAUUCCAAAAGAUCCUAUUCGGCCUCUGCAAAGAUCUAAUUUAUCUUCCGCUUGCCGCAAUCUUCCACCACGGUAACGGUUACAAAGCGUCGCGGAACUCGAAGACCUCGCUCGCCUCGACGACGAAGACGAGCAAGACUUCGCGCAUGGGUGAUCGGGUUAGCCGGUACCUUGCCUCCUGGCGGUAUCGCGGGGACCUGGGAGAGGACUUUUGGAGGCGGGAUGAUGAGACUGAGAAGGAGAAGGGCGGGUAUAGUACUAGUGGUGCGACUACUGCUAGUAACUUGACUGGAGUGGUUGGGAGGAGGACGGAUGGAGCGGGUAUGACGUUGCCGUCUGUGCUUGUUUCUGAGGCUAGUGGUGGUGGGCAUUGGCAUGCUGCUAACGGGAAUUGGAAUGGGAAUGGACAUGGGGUGCAUAUGGACAGGAUGAGGGGUGGGUUGGAGGGGAUGGUGAGGGAGAGGGAUAUUGCGUAG